GCUGCGAACAGAGAAGAAGAAGAAGAAGAAGUAAUUUUUGCCGAAUGACGAGCUCUAGAAAGCUAUCAAUUUUUCGAGAAUUCUUGUAAUUUCGACAUCUAUUUUUCUAUUCAUCAUGUUGUGCAGCUAAGGAACUUGCGAAGCGUGAAAAUCGGGUUAUAAAAACAACUUUAAAACGUAUUUCCUGCUCCACCUGACCUAUGCACAAAUCAAAUUACGAAUUACUUUUCAGUGGCUAAGCCUAUAUCAUGGCAAAAUAUGUUUACCUUUUAUGCUUUUAAGCGCAAGCAAAAAUCAAUAAAUUUAAUAGAUAACGGAAGUCUCGCCAUCAAAUCGAGAAUGUCAGCCGAAUCAGCAGUGUAUGAAGCAUUGAUGUAUGCUUGCAGUCAAGAUGCACAAUUACUCAAACCGGCGGAGCAGAAACUGGCCGAAUGGGAAAUUCAACCUGGUUUCCAUUUAACUUUGGUGAAAUUGUUUUCCGAUCAAUCAAUCGAUGCCAAUGUACGGUGGAUGGCCUCUCUAUAUUUUAAGAAUGGAGUACUGAAAUAUUGGAGGAAGAAUGCACCGAAUGCGAUAGCAUCGGAAGAAAAGGAAGAGAUUAAAAAAAUUCUCUUACUGCGUUUCAAUGAGCCGGUACAACAGAUUGCUGUUCAGAUUGCGGUACUGAUCGGUAACAUUGCGCGACUUGACUGUCCACAGGAAUGGCUAGAACUAGUGCCAACGCUAGUUGAAGUAGUCCAGAGUAAUGAUUUAUUAGUGCAACAUCGCGGUCUUCUUAUAUUGUUACAUGUAGUAAAGGUGCUCUCCUCGAAACGACUCCAGCGUGACAGAAAUCACUUUGAGGAUCUGACAACAAAGUUAUAUGAUUUCAUCCUAAAUUUAUGGGACGGUUUUACUCAAAUGUUCUACGCGAACAUCCAAGAGCGGUCGUCUUUGGAGUUAUGCACUGCUAAUUUGGAAAAGGCGAUAAUAUCCUUACGCAUUCUUAAGAAACUUACAAUUUAUGGUGUGUAUGGGCCACACCUUUCACCCAAAUGCAUGAUGUUCAUACGUGUAGUAUUCCAACGACUGAAGGAAUUGCUUGACUGCCGAUUGCAAAUUAAACAAAUAGAAAAACAACAGCCAACCAGCUGCAAACUAAGUGGACAGGUGGAAAAGUUCAUAAUCAAACACAUGAAGUUCCUUAACUUGUUUUUCGAAACCCACCCGGUCUCGUUCGUCGAGUUCAUUCCAGCGGCCUUUGAGUUUUCAUUCAACUAUGUCUUUCACGAGGGAACGAAUCUCAUUUUCGAAGACAAUGUGAUCACAUUCCCUAACUUUGCGAUACAAUGUUUGAAUUUGAUCAAAGGCAUUCUUACGCAUAAUCUGAUCCAUGUAGAUCACAACAGUGAACAAGCCAUAGUCAAGGCGAAAAAUGAGUUUUUCACACCGGAAAGGUUAAGUUAUAUUUUUGACAAGAUCAUUAUGCACUACUUUUUCCUAACAUCCGAGGAAUUCGAACAAUGGGAUAGUGAUCCAGAAAGCUAUGUUUCAGAUGAAGGUGGGGAUUCAUGGAAGUACAACUUGAGGUGCUGUACAGAAGCAUUCUAUAUGAUACUGUUCCAAAAAUACAGGCCCAUGUUAAUAGUCGAGCUACAAAAAUUCAUUUCCAAAUCACAAUCGUUAACAUUAACGGAGUCGUCGGGUAUAACAGAUUUGCUAAUAAAGGAUUCAAUUUACAAUGCUACGGGAUUGGCGGUAUUCAAUUUAUUUGAUGAGAUUAAUUUUGACGAAUGGUUCACUCAACAGUUGUUGGAGGAACUGAAGUUUAAAACACACAAUUUCCGAAUAAUUCGAAAGCGUAUUAUUUGGUUAAUCGGACGAUGGACAGGAGUUAGAUUUUCCAAAUCUCUGCGCCCACAAGUAUAUCGCGCCUGUCUCGAGCUGCUGCAACCCUCCGAAGAUCUAGCGGUGCGUCUAACUGCGUCCAAAACCCUAAAGAACAUCAUGGAUGAUUUCGAGUUUGAGGCUGAACAGUUCCUAGAAUUUUUGGAACCUGUUAUCACUCUACUGUUCACUCUGUUGAAGGAAGCCAAUGAAUGUGAUACCAAAAUGACAGUUCUUUAUGUCAUGUCUUUCAUCAUUGAAAAAAUGUCAAUGGCUAUCAAACUGGAGGUGGAAAGUCUGAUCCAAUAUCUUCCUUUGCUGUGGGAGGAAAGUCGAGAGCAUGAUAUGUUACGGUGUGCCAUCAUUUCAACUCUGUUACAAACCAUUAAGGCUUUGUAUGAAAUACCUGCUGGUGAAUCGGUAGUUGCAUUCAUCUAUCAAAUCAUUGAGUUAAGUACAAAUAUUCAUGAGCCAUCCCACAUUUACUUGUUGGACGAAGGCUUGGAGCUUUGGCUUAUUGUGGUUCAGUAUAGUAAAACGAUUGAUCACGAUCUCCUGAGGCUCUGUGGAAAUCUGUUACCCCUUAUCGAACAAUCCUCUAGCAAUUUGCGAACGUGUCUGGCGAUCACACAAACCUAUAUCUUCCUGUGUCCAGAUGUUUUUCUGCCGAGGCAUGGAAAAGAUAUUAUUAAGACAUGCCACUAUCUUCUAUCAGAUCUGCGAGCAGAAGGUGUCAUCGUUAUAAACCGAUUGUUUCUUACGAUUCUGCGGGCUGCACCAAAAUAUUCAAUUGAGCUACUUAGGCCUUACCUGGCUGAAAUAUUUAGAAAAUACUACGACCAUGAAGCAUAUCUGCAGAUAAACCAAAUGUAUUUGCAAAUGAUCGCCCGGGUGCUAAUUCUAGACCAAGUUACGUUCAGUGCGAUUCUCACCGAAUUGGCCAUCCCGGAUGCUUUGGAGAAAAUACUAACGACGUGGAUAAACGAAAUGCCUACUGUGGCAAGGAGCACUGAAAAGAAGCUACUGGCUUUGGCGUUGACUAGUCUGAUAACUGUUUCUAAUGACGUUAUAUUUGAAAACUUUAGUGGCAUUAUGACGAAUUUAAGUGAAACACUCAAUGAUAUUACUAACGAUGACGAACAAAAUGGGUCCAAAGUAGAUUCUAUGAUAUUGGCAGACGACAAUGAGGAAGGAAUUGUCAUGAUGAUGUUCGGCUAUGGCUUCAUUGACACAGAAAAUAUGGCAAACGAAACUCCUCAUUACGACCGUUGCAAAUCGGUAUGUAUGCAGGAUCCAACACAUGUGAUAGUAUUGAAAGAUUAUCUACAGAGUCAGCUGAUUACGUUAAAGUCUAGUAUCGGUACCGAGCGGUACGAAUCGUUAUUGUCAAGGAUCGAUCUACAGAUACUAAAAGAACUGAGCGAUUUUGUUUCGUUGGGUAUUCAACUUCCUGUGCAGGAUUUGCAGUAGAAAUGGUACAUUGACAAGUGCUUGGAGGCCUUCAAAAUAUAUAAAUAUUCGACCGGUUAAUUUGAAGAUUCUCAGAAUUUAUUUGUUUUUUUUUUAUAUUCUUUAGAAUAUUUUCAAAAAUUGUACUUUGAAAUUAGCGAAGAAGAUAAGAACUCGAUACGCUUCCGAAUUAUGUUAGUCAAUAGAAGUAUAAAAUUGUACAAUACAUGUCAUGAUUACAAUGCACCUGUGCUAAUAUUCCGUUAGCAGCCAAGUUGAAAUCCUAUUUAAGGUACUUGAAAAGUGUUGAGAACAUCCGUAUUGUUGCAUUAUUCAUCCAUCCUGAAUGUAUGAUUUAAAAAUAAUCACUCCGAUGAAACAUCAAACAGAAAGCCAAUCUGCAAUCAACUGAACAGAAAUGAAUACACGUUUUUACAUGUAUUUAA